AUGUUUCUCCCUCUCUGCCGAAGGUCACUGGUGACUCGCUCGAGUGACCCAGCCACCGAUCAGAUUAUAAUCGGGGUUGUUUUGGGUUGUGUCGCUGCUAUUGCUAUCACUGCGGGGAUCUUGUUCUUUCUCCUCAAGAAACGAAGAUGGGAUCGCAUCCGACAAUACGAGGAGGACAUGCUGGUCAUGCAGGCACCGAUGGGAUAUACGCCUCAGGGAUGCCCUUCUGGUAGCCAGGGAAUAGAACGACCACGACCCUACUCGUCAAUGUAUUCCUAUAGUCAGCCACGAGAGCAAAACCAUACCCACCCUCGUGGCAGACUGUCCAGGGACACCCCGCCACCAGCGUAUACCACUAUACCCGCCUAUGACCCCUCGAAGUACCAGGCUAUUAGUCAACUGCCGCCAUCAGUUAAAAUAAAUCGACCGACCCAGGUGGACCCGGUCGAAAUGGCUUCGAUUGCCAAGUGGGACGGAUCUGUGGGUUUUGGUUAG